AAGUCUCCUCCCCCAAGCGCUGGACGCUGCCUUUCGCCCUCGGGGCGUCGUGACGUUGCGUUCCUCCGAUCCCUUACCACUUCCCUCUUUCUUUCCCUCUGGAGAAGCUCAGUCCCGGACUUCCGAAGACUUUACGACAUUGGUUCUCAGAGUCGGUCUCAGCGCCGGGACCACUUUUCGGCAAAGUGACGUGGACGUCAACAGCAAUGGCGGAAGGAGAAGAGGUCCUGCCACCGCCAACGUCGAGCGGCGACGGCUGGGAAAAAGAUCUUGAAGAAGCUCUGGAAGCAGGAGGUUGUGACCUUGAAACUUUGAGAAAUAUAAUUCAAGGGAGACCACUGCCUGCUGAUCUGAGAGCCAAAGUUUGGAAGAUUGCUCUGAAUGUUGCAGGAAAAGGUGAUAGUUUGGCAUCAUGGGAUGGUAUUUUAGACCUGCCAGAACAGGAUACCAUUCACAAAGAUUGCCUACAGUUUAUUGACCAGCUUUCAGUGCCAGAGGAGAAGGCAGCAGAAUUACUUUUGGAUAUUGAAUCUGUAAUCACCUUUUAUUGUAAAUCACGUAACAUUAAAUAUAGCACAUCCCUUAGCUGGAUACAUCUACUCAAACCAUUGGUGCAUCUUCAACUGCCACGCAGCGAUUUAUACAACUGCUUUUAUGCAAUCAUGAAUAAGUACAUUCCCAGGGAUUGUUUCCUGAAGGGGAGACCAUUUCAUCUCUUCCGAUUACUCAUCCAGUACCAUGAGCCUGAGCUUUGUUCUUUUCUUGAUACAAAGAAAAUUACUCCAGACUCCUAUGCACUCAACUGGCUUGGAAGCCUUUUUGCAUGUUACUGUUCCAUCGAAGUCACUCAGGCAAUAUGGGAUGGAUAUCUACAACAAGCAGAUCCAUUUUUUAUUUAUUUCUUAAUGUUAAUUAUCCUUGUUAAUGCAAAAGAAGUUAUUUUAACACAAGAAUCAGACAGCAAAGAAGAAGUCAUCCAGUUCUUGGAAAAUACUCCAUCCAGUUUGAAUCUAGAAGAUAUAGAAGACCUUUUCUCUCUGGCUCAGUAUUAUUGCAGUAAAACACCAGCUUCUUUUAGGAAGGAUAAUCACCACCUCUUUGGUAGUACUUUAUUGGGAAUUAAGGAUGAUGAUGCAGAUCUGAGUCAGGCUCUUUGUCUGGCUGUCUCAGUGUCAGAGAUCCUUCAAGCAAAUCAGCUGCAAGGGGAAGGAGUCCGGUUCUUUGUGGUAGAUUGCCGUCCUGCAGAACAGUAUAAUGCUGGGCAUUUAUCAACUGCUUUCCACUUAGAUUCAGAUCUGUUUCCAUUACAGAAAAACAAAGAAUAUGUGAGCAUUGCCAGUGGAGGAUUUAUGGCACUGCAGCAGCACCUGGCUGACAUUAACGUGGAUGGCCCAGAAAAUGGAUAUGGCCAUUGGAUCGCUAGUACCUCAGGCUCAAGGAGCAGUAUCAUUUCUUCUGUUGAUGGUGAAUCUUCUAAUGGCUCAAAUGAUAGAGGAAUGAAAUCGCUAGUAAAUAAAAUGACUGUGGCUUUGAAGACAAAAUCUGUUAAUGUCAGGGAAAAAGUUAUCAGUUUUAUUGAGAAUACAUCAACUCCUGUGGACCGAAUGUCUUUCAAUCUUCCUUGGCCAGACAGAUCAUGUACAGAGCGGCAUGUGAGCAGCAGUGACAGAGUGGGCAAGCCUUACCGUGGUGUAAAGCCUGUUUUCAGCAUUGGGGAUGAAGAAGAAUACGACACAGAUGAAAUUGACAGUUCUUCAAUGUCAGAUGAUGAUAGAAAAGAGGUUGUAAACAUUCAGACUUGGAUAAACAAGCCAGACGUCAAACAUCAUUUUCCUUGUAAAGAAGUGAAAGAGAGUGGACACAUGUUUCCUAGUCAUCUGUUGGUUACUGCAACACAUAUGUACUGUUUAAGGGAGAUUCUUUCACGGAAAGGAUUGGCUUACAUACAGUCUCGACAAGCACUAAAUUCUGUAGUUAAAAUUACAUCCAAAAAAAAACAUCCUGAACUAAUUACCUUCAAGUAUGGAAAUAGCAGUGCUGCAGGAAUAGAAAUCUUGGCAAUUGAAAGGUAA